CUUGUUCUGUUUUUUUCUUGGAGGUUCGUGCCUGCCGAAUGACUCGCCUCUCCCUUACAGCACUCCCAUCCACCGUAAAGACGAGCUUUUUGCGGAAGGAGAACGCUUUUAUAUAUACAUGUGGUAGCUGGAGAAUAGACGCAGCUGUGUUCUUUCUGUAUCUUCUCCUGUGCUUUCCUCUCGUCACUGAAUGAAAGAGGGAGGCUGUGAGAGAGAGCGAGAGAGAGGGGAGAGACGGUGCAGGUUCUGGAGUGGUCUGUCAAUGUGAUUAGGUAAACGUCGUUGAAGCGCAUGCAUUCACUUGUAUUUCUUUACAGACAGGAGAAGUGGACCUGUCUUCUGCACUGCAACGGUCGGUUCCAACUGAGCCAUCCGGACUUUGGUGCCUUUACAGGAAAAGUGCUAACUUUCUACGUUUAAAAAAUUACUAAAAAGAUCGGAUUGCAUUUUUUCCUUCAAACAUUUUUGAGGUGAUGUCAUCGCGCUCUGUUUUGGCUGGUAUUGUGCCGGAGCUCAGGGAGGACCGCAGCCAGGCAACCAGCGGUUGAAACGGUCGGGGAAGUCCGAGAAAUCAGGUGCAGAGAGCGCCUGCCAUUUCCGUGCUGUCGCGGGUGGCUGGGUCCGCCACCCAGUCACAGCUGUUCCCAUCCUCUCCAACUCCAACUCCCCCUCCCUCCAUCCCUACCUCUAUCUCCCUCCCCUCCUCCCUUUCAUUCAACUCUCUCCAUCUCCAUCUGAGCUGGACCGCUACGGGCUCUUAUCCACAUUAUUUGACACUGUUGUUCGGUGUCCCCGGGGCCAGAGACUUCGUGACCCAUCGUGGGGUCGCAGCCAUGACCGAGCCCGCCCUGCAGCACCCGGCGCCCGCAGAGGCCCCUUCUUCACGCCGCACUCGCCUCCAACCCGUCCAGGUACCCCGCCUCCCGCAGCGCCUGGCAUUGCCUCGCAGGGACUAGAGACCUUGGGCGUGCUCCAGCCUGCGUCCAGACAACCACUCCUCCUUUACCAUCCCUCAUUCUGCGUCUCAUCUCUUCAAAUUCGUCUCUAAUGUGGACCUCUCUCAGAAUAAAGUUAUUGACCUAGUAUAAACUUUAUUGUCGCACUAAAACACCAAUACGAACGUGGAUUACGCAUAAGAUUACCGGGAGAAAACAUCGUCAAUAAAUCACAUUGGAGUGAUUUUGACUGACAUUAGUUUCAUUAUUGAUACGUAGCAGGUGAGUCGAUUGGAGUUUAGCCUCUAUGAGUCGUGAACGCGCUUUCACCUGUUCCUCUCGAGCCCGGAGGUGCGCAACUGUUUGAUGACCUAACCUCCCCCCGCGCCCCGCCCCUCCCCGUUGCACCGGCCACCGUGACAGCCAAGAGAGGUAAGCCCUCCAGUCACAGUGGCACGGCCACCCCCCGCCACACAACCUGCCCUGCCCGCGCCCUCACACCCACGCCGCCGAUGCCAACGGGAGUGUCCGCUGACUCUUUGACCCUCCACUCCGUCCAGCGGAUUAUAAAAACACAAGUGAACUCUCCGGACUGUCGGACCGGCUCUGAACGAGCGAGGCGAUUGACUCUGGGCGAAGUUCCCUAGUGGAGGGGGGAAGCGAUGCGGUCCCUUCUCUCCACGCUGGCUGUCUUUCUUUGACCAUAUGGACACGGCAGUUUUUGAUGGGCAUGGUUCAUGGAUGCUCUGGCCUGGGUAUUCGACGUCUCAUCUCUUCCCAUCGGUCACCAUAGAAACGUGUCAAAGAAGAUGCAUCCAGAUGUUGCUGGUGAUGUGCAAUCCAUUGCAGCAGGUGUUUGGCGUGGAUGGGGUUAACUUCAGCGUGCACGUGGAGAACCAGACCCGGGUGAGAGAUGCUAUGAGCCGGCGGCACCACCGGGUCUACCAGCUCUACAGCCGCACCAGCGGCAAACACGUCCAGGUGCUGGGGAGACGCAUCAGUGCCCGCGGAGAGGACGGAGACAAAUAUGCCCAGCUUGUAGUGGAGGCCGACACCUUUGGUAGCCAGGUGAGAAUCCGUGGCAAAGAAACCAACUUCUACCUGUGCAUGAACCGCCGUGGCAAGCUGGUGGGAAAGAAGGCCAGUAAUAAAAGUGAAGACUGCGUGUUCGUGGAGAAGGUUCUAGAGAACCACUACACCGCAUUGAUGUCAUCACGCUACGCAGGCUGGUACGUUGGCUUCACCAAGCGGGGGCGACCUCGCCGCGGCCCCCACACGCUGCCCAACCAGCAGGACGUCCACUUCAUGAAGCGCUUCCCGCCCGGGGAGUACCCUGAAACCACUCCCUUCCGCUUCACAACGGUCAACAAGAGGAGCAAGAGGGUCCGUGCCACCGGGCCCCGCUAGCAGCUAACGCUAAUGGCUACCCUCCAUCCACUGCCCAUUGCCACCUGUACCUGCUUAUUCAGUAAUUGCUAACGGGAUAACAUUGACCCUUCCUCUGGACUUUAAUACAUGCUAAUUGGCUAACCUGAAGCUAAUCGAUAAUGGGAUAACAUUGACCCUUCCUCUGGACUUUAAUACAUGCUAAUUGGCUAACCUGAAGCUAAUCGAUAAUGG